AUGGAGAAGGGGAGAAACACACUUGUGCUGCGGGACUUGCCGCCGGAGACAACGAAGGAGGACCUGCUGGCUAUCCUGCGCAAGGCCCCGUUGCUGCAGCAGCUGCAGCAGCAGCAGCAGCAGCAGCAGCAGCAGCAACAGGAAGGGGAAGGGCAGCAGGAGCCCUCGCAGAAGAAGUCACCGCAGCAAGAUGGUGAGGAAGAGCAGCCACCUCAGAGCGGAGACAACCAGCAGCAGCAGCAGCAGCAACAGCAGCAGCAGCAGCAGCAGCAGCAGCAGCAGGAAGAUGAGAGUUGGUGCAGCAUCAGGAGAGAUGUCAAUGACACCUGGUUUGUCUCUCUCAAGGAAUCUGCGCCCACGCAGGAGGUGGCGCUUUGGCUGCGUUCGCAGCAGUUCAAUGGCAAACCGUUGCAGGUAGGGAUAAAGGCAUCCCACGCGCUGCACCGUGUUGUAUCGGCGCAGGCGACAGCUGCAGCAGCAGCAGCAGCAACAGCAGCAGCAGCAGCAGCUGCAACUCCUCAGUUCUUUCCAGCCCCCCCUAUAACACCCCUGGGGCUGGCUGCUCCCCCCUCACCCUAUGGAGUGCUGCCGUCAGCAGCAGCAGACAUGGGGGUCGUGCUGCCUGCUCCUCGGCAGCAGCGGCGCGCGGUGCGGCCGCAGCGCAGCAGCAACAGAGGCCGACGCGGGGGGGCAGGGUUUGCUGCUGCAGGCGGCUAUGCUGCUGUGGGGCCCCAGGGACCUGCUCAGGUGUACAGCAGCAGGCUGCCGCAGCUGCAGCAGCAGAUGCCCCCGUACCCUGUAGAGGCAGAAAUGCAGCCGUUCAUGUGGCCGCCUCACGCCCCGCUGCAGCGGCACCAUCUGCUGCAGCAGCACCACUUCUUGCAGCAGCAACUGCAGCAGCAGCAGCAGAUGAUGGGCUGCUGCUGGAUACCCGCCCCUCAACACACCCCGCCUGCUGCUGGCGCCCCCUUAAACAGCAACCACAGGGGAAGAGGCAGGGAUGCAGCAGCAGGAACGCCAACAGCAGAGACUGAGGACUACCGCAGGGGCCAGCAGCAGCAGCAGCAGCAACAGCAGCUGCUGCCGCCACCGCAACAGCUCUUCUACCCUGCACCAGGCUACUUCUCUCCCCACAUGUUUGUCCCUCUGCCUUACAUGGCUCCGCGGCCGAUGCAGCCGUACAUGCAGCAGCAGCAGCAGCAGGCACAGGGAUACCCCUCUCCUCAGCAGCAGCUGCAGCAGCAGCCAGCUUUCAGAGGCAGGGGUGGCUAUGCAGGAGGCAGAGGCCGCAACGGCAGCAGGUGGUGGGGCGCGGGGAGGAACGCGGCUCCCAUGGGAGCUCCGCGAAACAGUCAAAGUGGAGGUAAGGAGCAGCAGCAGCAACAGCAGCAGCAGCAGCAGCAGCAGCAGCAGGAACUGCAGCAAGAAGGCUGCGUCUUGGGUGUAUGUGUGAUGCUGUGUGCAGCUAUUGGCCGCGGGGGCGGCCGGCGUAGAGGUGGUGGGACCCCUUGGAGCGGUCGGGGGGGUGUUGCUGCUGUAGACGAGCAGCAGGAGCAGCAGCAGCAGCAGCAGCAGGAGCAAGAGCAGCAGCAGCAGCAGACGAGCGCAGGCGACUCGAGUAGGGCUACAGCAGGCGCUGACGCUGGCGGCGUCGGCAGCGAGCCAUCAACAGCUGUCUCGGGGAGGAGAAGCGCAGCAGCAGGACAAGCAGCAGCAGCAGCAGCAGCAGCAGCAGCAGGUGGCAGCGGCCCACGAAACAGGCAGCAGCAACCUCCUCUAGAAGCAGCAGACUUCCCCCCCCUUGGGGCUGCAGCAGCGCUAUCGAAGACCCCCAGGGCUCCUGCACAGCGGAAGGCAGCGCAAGGCGCUUCCCGUGCUGCAGAAACUGCGGAGGCCGGCGAUACGAGCCAACCCUCACAGCAGCAGCAGCAGCAGCAGCAGCCGAGCCGGCAGCAGGAGGUGCAGCAAGAGGCAGGCAUUCGAUGCUGCUUCUCUGAGGGGAAGUGGACGACAGGGGCGAAGGGCUCCUCGUCUCCGCAGCGAAUGUCGCAGCAGCAGCAGCAGCAGCAGCAGCAGCAGCAGCAGCAGCAGCAGCAGCAGCAGCAGCAGCUGGACGGGCUGCUGCAGCAGCAGCGAAGCUGCAGCAGCAGCGAAGCAGCAGCAGCAGCAGCAGCAGCAGGAGCAGCAGCAGGAGCAGGAGGCGCAGGAACUUGGCAGCAGCAGCAGCAGCAGCAGCAGCAGCAGGAGCAGCAGCAGGAGCAGGAGGCGCAGGAACUUGGCCUUUCUUCUGGCGUAGAUAGAGCGAUCGAGAAGCUGUGA